UCCUCACUUACGUUUGCAAGUCGUACUUUCCUAUUUUCUGUACGAUAGUUAUUGAACUUACAGUAUAUCACACUGCUGCAACCCACACCUAAGGUUGCUAACCUGUCAUGGAAUCACAAAUAUUGGAUCAACACAAUCUACCAGCACCUCCAACAAACUCCUCGGCUAUAGACCCCAUGGUGGUGUUGCCAGUGACGGAUCAAACGAUGUUGAUAAUUGACCCCUUCGAAUUUCAUUCUCAACCGAACAUUACUCCACAGAAUACAACUCUUCUAGGUUUUGAAGAAAGCCCUAAUAGUGGUUCAAAUAAGGAUAUGAACUACAACAAAUUGUACAUAACUCGAACUGUUAUGAUUCCUGCGUUGGUUCUUGUGGUUUUAUCUUCUCUCUUCUUGAUCUACAUAAUCAUCAGUAAAUUAAGAGAAGUUAUGAAGCUUUACUUAUCAGUUGUACUGUAUGCUGUCUCUAUCUUAUACUUUGCAUCACAGGUCGCUACCAUGCUCCUUUAUAAUAAGAAAGACGAGCGGGAAUGUAAAACAAUACACAGUCUAGUAAUGGAAUCUUUACAACUAUGCGGACUAAUACUCCCAGCAAUGUCAAUCCUGACGAUGACAAUUACCAGAGUUUUAUUCCUAACAUCUCCAUUUCACUGGAGAGAGACUCUCUGCUACAAAAACCAGAUAUUAGGGUUCCUAGGAACCAUCGCCAUCACACUGAUCAUCAGUUUCUCACCCCUCUACGGACUAUGUGAUAUGCGGUUGUACCAAGGCCAGCGGUUCUGUGUUUUUGUGAAGAGUUGGAGCAGUAAGGAUGUGGCGUGUGUAGCGCUAACUGUGGGGGCUGGGUUACUCCUCCCUAAAUUAGCUGUGUUAGUGUUGUAUGGUGUGAUUUACGGGAUUGUAACCAGGGCCAGAGCUUCUCAAAAAGUACUUACUAAAUCAGCUGACUCGACAUCUACCACUGUGUCAACAAAGAAGAGGAAGCUCAAAACAGAACGUCAAACGUUUCCUUGGUCGAUAGUAAUAAUACUUCUCCUGGACACCAUAUCAGCUCUUCCCUGGGUCUUAUUUGUGGGAGCUCCAGAGGUCCUCCUCGUAACUCCUAAACCUUUCAAACAUCCACCACAUGUUCACAAGGUUCCAGUUGAUAUAGCACUGGCUUCUGAAGCUCCUUUUGAGGCUCCUUACACUGGUCCAACACUACUACCAUCUAAAGUCUCUGGUCUACUUCAGCCCACUACGGACCAAAUGGAUCACCAACGAACCCCAGAAGUUCAAGAUGCAAAUCAGGAUGAAAACAAAAAGUUUCAGCCACAGGGACAAGCCACAAAGUUGUUUAUACUGGACCUUUUAUACACAGCGCUACUGCUUGGAACAGCUUGUAGUCCUGCUGCUUACCUACUUACCACUACUACUGUCAGAAACAAAGCUGCUCAGUGUUUCAGAUCUGUCAGAAACAAAGCUGUGCAAUGUUUCAAAUGAAACUGAAGAUAUCCAUUUUCUAAUAUGGCAGAUUUUUAAUGUGGCAGAUUUUCUAAUGUGAAGGAUUUUCUAAUGAGGUGAUUUUAUUUUUCGCGUUGAUCUCCGAUUAUAACGAUUACAAGAUCAUAAUUAUCUAAUUCUAUCAUUU